AUGCCAAACCCUCCCCCGGCCUGGGUCCAGGCCUUGAAGCCCGCCGGCCCGCAAGGCUCGGAAUUGCUCACACAAGAACGCGCCCAGUCGAACGUCGCGGUGGGCAGACUCGCAGAAUUAUUGCACACAAAGGAGGCUCUGGAGCGGCAACAGCGCCUUCUGGGACUCCUGCAAUCCGAGAAGGUCUUUGACAAGUCGCAGAACCACUCCCUGGGCCGUGUGGAUCGGAUCCAACGGUCAUUGGCAAAGGGGAAGCGACUGCAGCAACUGGCGGAGCAGCACAAAUGGACGACGGAGGAGGUUCUCACGGCCAAUGAGCUGGUCGGUGAACCGACGCCAUAUGGCCUGCACUCAACUAUGUUCCUGGUGACACUGCGGGAACAGGGGACACCGGAACAGCACAAGCUUUUCCUCGAACGUGCGCAAAAGUACCAGAUCGUCGGAUGUUACGCACAAACCGAGUUGGGUCACGGGUCGAACGUCCGUGGUUUGGAGACCACGGCUACAUAUAACCCCGACGACAAGACCUUCACUAUCAACAGCCCGACCCUGACCGCGUCGAAAUGGUGGAUUGGAUCGUUAGGACGGACGGCCAACCAUGCUGUCGUCAUGGCGCAGCUCUACGUCGGUGGCAAGAACCUUGGUCCUCACCCAUUUGUCGUUCAGAUCCGUGAUUUGCAGACUCAUCAGCCUCUGGAGAAUGUGUAUGUGGGCGACAUUGGGCCCAAGUUUGGAUACAACACCAUGGACAAUGGGUUCCUCCUGUUCAACAACCACAAGAUCCCCCAUGUCAACAUGUUGGCCCGCUUCACGCGCGUCGACAAAGAGACCAACCAAUACGUUCGUCCCGCAUCGCCAUCCCUGCUCUACGGGACCAUGACCUGGGUACGCUCCAGCAUCGUUCUGCAGGCUGGUGGUGUCCUCGCCCGCGGUGUGACCAUUGCCGUCCGCUAUUGUGCUGUUCGGAGACAGUUCCAGGACCGCGAAGCCACCGAGCCUAAGGGUGAAAACCAAGUAUUGAACUACAAGAUGGUCCAAGUCCGUCUUUUACCCCUCCUGGCCGCCAUGUACGCAUUGCACUUCACUGGUCGGGGAAUGAUGAAGCUCUAUGAAGAGAACCAAAACCGCAUGAAGGCGGCCAGCCAGCCCGACCAGGACAGUCGUGGCGCUGGCCCUGAGCAGCUGCGCGCGGGCGCAGACUUGCUUGCGGACCUCCACGCUACUUCUUGCGGUCUCAAAGCUCUUGCCAGUACCACCGCUGGUGAAGGUCUCGAGGUUUGCCGCCGUGCUUGCGGUGGACACGGAUACAGCAGCUACAGUGGUAUCGGUCCGUGGUACUCGGAUUACCUGCCCACUCUGACCUGGGAGGGUGACAACUACAUGCUGACCCAACAGGUUGCAAGAUACUUGCUCAAAUCUGCACGCGCAGUGCUGUCCGGCAAGGCCCCCAACAACGAUACCAGCCAAAUUCUCCAGAGCUACCUUGAUCGCCGGGAGAAGGGCGCAUCGUUCGACGUGCUAGAAGUCGACAGUGACAUUGUCGCCGCCUUUGCCUGGCGGACAGCACACCUGACCUUCGAUGCUCUCAAGCAUCGCGAUGUCGAGAACCGCUCGUGGAACAGCCUUCUCGUAGACUUUUGGCGCCUGUCGACCGCACACUCCCAGUACUUGGUCGUCAAGAACUUCUACGAAGCCGUCUCUUCGCCCCAGCUCGCUGCCGCCGUCGACCCGGAGACCCUGAGCCUCUUGCACAAUCUCUUCCGCCUCCACGCGCUGCACACCCUCGAGCGCGAAGCGUCCGAGUUCUUCACCUCGAGCGCUGUCACAACCCGCCAGAUCGGCCUCGCCCGCACCAACGCCGUCAUGAAGCUCCUUGACGAGAUCCGCCCGCAUGCCGUGCGUCUGGUAGACGCAUGGAAGAUCCCUGACUGGCAACUCGACAGCAGUCUCGGUCGGUACGACGGCGAAGUGUAUCCUGAUCUCUUCCGACGUGCGAGCCAGGAGAACCCUGUCAACGACUUGGUCUUCGACCCGUAUCCAUGGAACGAGAAUGUAUUGAAGGUCGGUGCUCCGAAGAGCAAGCUUUGA